AACGUGGACAGACGAAAGGAUCUUUCGAGGCCCGUAAAAGCUACUACGGUUUCGUCGAACACAUCAAAAAGAUCUACCGGAAGUAGGCAGAAACAGUGGCGUCAAUUGAGUACAGGAUAAAAUACGAAGGUGUUUCAAAAACAAAGUCCCAUUCGCCGGAAGGUUAACGCACAUAGAUAAGUUCAGCCGUCGUUUCAUCGUUUUAUUAGAAACGAUAAAGAGUACUGAAAAUAUGGAAAAUAAUGAUUUUCGACGCAGAAUAAAAUUCAAAAGGCGUUUCAAAAUACAAGUCCCGCCGAUAAAAUAUUAAUAUCCGUAUAUUUGACUGAAAAAACGUUUCGUAGUUUUACUAAAAAUAGUUAAAUCGAUGGUAUCCUUUCUUUUCUAUCUUCUAUGUAUAUAUACGAAGAUAAUGCAUAAAAUCUACCUACAGAGCGUUUCAAAAAAAAAAAAAAAAAAAAAAAGAGAGAGAGAAAAGAGAAAUAUCCACGUAAAUGUACACAAGGACGUUUUACCAUAGAUAUUGAACUCUUCCAAAAAUACCGAUCAAACAGGUGCAAUAUUUGCGUUUGAAUGGCAUCGCGCGGUGUAAGUGUAUUUACACUGGGCUAUCACUCGGCUGAGCCAGUUUCGUGCUGCGUCGUGUAUAGUGGCUAAUCAACUGUCAACAUCAUUGUACCAACGUAUACGUCGUAUUUCGUUGGACGAGACCGACGUAGAUAACUAUCGUUCAGACUACUUAUUUCAUCGGUGCAAGUGGUUCCGUGUACGCGUACUGUGUAAUAUCGACGCAAUGGUUUGCAAGUGCGGUUUUAAGGAGCUGAUGCAUGGCGAAGGCGCCAUAAAGAAAACCGUGUUGAUAAUUUUGGCCGAGACGAUUGGCACCUCUAUAUUGCUAUUCGUUGGCUGCAUGGGAUGCGUUGGAGGCCUGGGCUCUGAACCCACUCCACUUCAAAUUUCUUUAACCUUUGGCCUUGCUGUGAUGAUUGUGAUUCAAUCUAUUGGCCACAUCAGCGAUGCUCACAUUAACCCUGCCAUCACGGUGGGAUCGGUAGUGCUCGGGAAGAAGACUAUUCCCGAGGGAUUGGUGUACCUGUUGUCCCAGAUAGUCGGCGGAAUCCUGGGGUUCGGCAUGCUGAAGGUGGUGACGCCGGCAGGUAACCUGACGAGCAAGACCCUCAGCGAGGCGGACAUGUUUUGCGUGACCGAUCUACACUCGGAGCUAUCUGCGAUCCAGGGCCUGUUGCUCGAGGGCAUUUCCACCGCUAUACUGAUGCUGGUCGCGUGCGCCGUCUGGGACAGUAGAAACGUGAAAAACACCGACUCGGUGCCAAUCAGAUUCGGCCUGACGGUCGCUGCUCUUGCGCUCGCGUUCGGACCUUACACAGGCUGCAGCAUGAACCCGGCCAGGUCAUUGGCACCAGCGCUCUGGAACAAUCAGUGGUCACAUCACUGGAUCUACUGGUUCGGCCCCAUUGGUGGCGCCCUUUUAUCGUCCUUCAUGUACAAAACUAUCUUCGGCGUGAAGAACCACACGCAGGAUGAGUGCUCCGCUGAAGCUGUCGCGCUGAACAGCGUCAACAUUCAGAAGACGGAGCCGUGAUACAAAACUGAAGAGGGCCAAUCGGAAACGGCGAGGGUACGGAUCGAUAGGCACCAUCUUCAAGAAACCACGAGAGAUUAAGCGUUCAAUGGAGGAUUCGAAUGGAUCGAACGGAUCUACCGGAUCGUACAUCGCGCCAUCUAGGAUCUUUUGUACCACCGUUUUUCUCGAUCGUAUAGAGUUCGAACGAUCCAGGAAAUCGCAAGACUGCUCAUCAGAGAGAUAGAUCAUCCGUUGCCUGCGAAGUAUUGUUCACACGCGGCAACGUUAUCCUGUUAGGGAAACGAUAUACAGCGUAUAGGUUAUGUGCAUCCCGGGAACGACGCUAUUCCGCCAUUUUACGAUUCGAUGAUCCACCGUGCACAAUAUGGUGGCUGUUAGAUCGGAACCGAUGCCGGGAACACGCAUCUCGUUGUUGUUGUCUUUUUUAUUUUUUUUCUUUCGAAUACUCCGUUAGUAUAUGUUUUGCGCAACAUAACCGUGUUGCUUGCUGCUUCAUAGGCGAUUUCAAUUCGCUAAUUGUCGUUGUACAUAAUUGUUAUAUUUUUUAUAGAUGUAUUUACUCGUGACGAUGGAAAAAUAUAAUCGGAUAAAAGUGA